CCCCUAUAAUCAGCCCUGUGAGAGAGGAGGGCAGACAGAGAGACACAGGGAGACGUUUGGACUGUGUGAGGCUGAAGGUGAACUUUCAGGAUGGGGUGUAACAUGUGUGUAGUGCAGAAGCCUGAGGAGCACUGCAGAGUCAUGUUCCAGGUGAGCAGUAAAGACCUUUCCAGACUAUCUCAGGAACAUGGUCUGGAGGCUCUUCGCUGUGGGCGGGGCCUGGGGCGGGGCCCCAGGAGGAAAGGGGGCGUGGUGGUGGGCGGUGGUGUAUCGCUACUGGCCGACUGUGUGGACAGUGGAACACAGACGGACAUCAGCUUCCAAAACAUGGUUACAGUGGGCAGGAGUUACCGAACCUGCGGACCCCCGCCAUCCCCAUCUCCACCUCUACCACCAAUCCCAGAGCCGUACCUGCUCAACCAGAUGUCUCCUUUAGAUCAUGUGUACUACGACCCCACCGACUACUUUGACAUCAGUCAACAUGAGGUGGACAGACAGGAUGAUCUGGAGUACGAGGAAGUGGAGCUGUAUAAGUCUCGGCAGCAGGAGAAACUGGGACUGACUGUGUGUUACCGCACUGACGAUGAAGAAGACCUGGGCAUCUACGUAGGGGAGGUCAACCCAAACAGCAUCGCUGCUAAAGAUGGUCGUAUCAGAGAAGGGGACAGGAUACUGCAGAUCAAUGGAGUGGACGUGCAGAACCGGGAGGAGGCCGUGGCUAUUCUGACCAGAGAGGACAGCACCAACAUCUCCCUGCUACUGGCCAGGCCUGAGAUUGAGAAUGAGGCAGAUGAUUUGGAGCUGGAGCUGGGGGUCGGCCUGGGGCUGGAGGUCCUGGAUAAUGGAUCUCACCUGGUCAGUCCUCAUCACCGCAGGAGAGCCAGUUCUGUCCUCAGCGACUCAGUAAGUGGCCAUCGUGUUGGUCAUCCCAACCUGUGGCACACGGCACUCAGCAACAGCCAGGAGCUGGACAGCGGGGUUGGGCGUACGGACGAGAGCACACGGAAUGAGGAGUCUUCAGAACAUGACCUGCUGGCUGAUGAUGCCACCAGCGCGUCCACCACCAAUGCAACCAACACACCUGGCAGCAUGCGGAGGUUCCAUGGUAGCUCCCUAGCACCAAUGCAUGGAGGAGAACUCCGCUUUAGCACUGAUUCCCUGCCGGGACCUGAUGGUACAGGGGAGCGUGGGGCCUCAGAGACCGCAGCCUCAACGGCAAGCAGUGUGCUAAUGCCUGGACUUACUGAGGAAGAGUGUGAACGGUACCGGGAGUUGCUAGAGAUCCGGUGCCUCUACGAGAGGAAUGGGAAUCCCCUGUUCUUGCUGGCAGGACCGCAGGGGUGCUCUGCAGGAGAGGUUCCUUUAGAUAUGAACUGCAAUGAGAGCCUACUUAGGCAUGAGAUUGCCUUGCUGGAGGAGGAACUGAGGCACCUUGAAUUCAAGUGGCGCAACGUCUUGAGGGCCCAGAAGAUGCAACAGCUGCGAGAACGCUGCCUGAGAGUCUGGCCAGCAGAGAAAGAGAACGAAGGGGAAGGAGGCGCAAAGGCAGCAGCAUCUGUCCACCAUGAACUGUCCGACAUCAACGAAAUUCCUGAGAGAGAACGCUCAGACAAGGAGAGCACCAGCGCCUACAACACAGGUGGGGAGAGUUGCAGGAGUACACCGCUUGUCAGCGAACGUUACCCUUCACCCUCAGCAGCUGGAGACUCCAGUGCCUCAGUGACCUUGCGGCCUCACACUUCUAGGCACAGGACAACAAGGGCAAAAGAUGAGAACCUUAAUCUGCCGUCCUCCCCUAGCUCUAGGCGAAAGUGUGAGGAAGCAGGCAAUGGUAAGAAUCUCAGCCCAGGUACAAGGGUUCGCUCUCUGUCUCGCAACGGAGGCAGCAAUGGCAAGAAGGUUUCUGACAGUGUCAGAAAAGGCACCAAGGCAAAUGGUGUGGCAACUGGUGGAGCAGCAGAAGGAGGAAAGAGUGCAGAAAACAGUCCAUAUCUCUCCCGUCGUCGCUGUGGCUCCAAGAUACCACAGCGCUACCAAAGUUGCAUGCAACUGAAGGAUAUGAAUGCCACAGAUGGUCCUGAGAUUCAGGAUGCUGCAGAAGACCCUGCCAGUGGUCCAAGCAACUUGGUUAGCACAAACAGAGACCUGGAGAUCCCCUCAGCAACCCUAGCAAAUCCCAUGCCGCUUCCUCAGAGUUUGCUACCAUCCCUUCCCCAGGGAUCACCUCGGAUGGAGUGGAAGGUGAAGAUCCGAAGUGAUGGAUCACGCUACGUGGCCAAGCGACCUGUUAGAGACCGCCUGCUGAAAGCUCGAGCCAUGAAGAUCUGUGAGGAACGCAGUGGGAUGACCACGGACGACGAUGCAGUCAGUGAGAUGAAGAUGGGCCGCUACUGGAGCAAGGAGGAGCGCAAGCAGCAACUGCUGAGGGCCCGAGAGCACCGCAGACGCAGAGAGUUCAUGCUGCAAAGCCGCCUGGACUUUCUGAGAGAGAGAGAGAAGGAGCAGGACUCUGGAGGCCAGGGACAGGCGUCCAUCCUGGAGCUCAGCCAAAGGAAAAGCAUGAAGAAGCGCAGCCGACGCAUCUUGGAUAACUGGAUUACCAUCCAGGAGCUUCUGGCCCACGGGACUCAUUCAGCAGACGGCAAGAAAGUCUACAAUCCCUUGCUUUCAGUAACCACAGUCUGAGUCAGGCAGUGGUAGUUAAAUAGGUGGAGCUAUACUGCCCAUCAAAAGUCUGGUGUCAGCU